UCGUUGCUUUCGUAUGCAAAAUGUUAAUAAAGGAUUUCAUUAUACAUUAAUUAAUAACAUAAACCGUUUCCUUGGAUCAUUAAAUAUUAACAACGGCAUUUACGAUCUCGGAAACAUAAAGGCACGGCAUUUAUCCUUAAGAGCAUUCUUAUAUCUGUUCGUUUUUGUUACUUACAAAGAAAAUAUUGAAAUGACAGCAACUAUUAACGUGAAAAUAUCAUCGGAUUUGGAGAUGGGAAAGGGUCUAGGCAGUUCAGCAACAUUUGUCACGUGUCUUGCGGCGUGCUUUUUUCGUUGGUCACUUCUGCAGAAGGGAAUUGUUCGCAAAUUUAAUGACGAUGAUUUCGAGAAAAUCGUCUAUUACGCUUGGAACUGCGAAAAAAUAAUUUACAAUGGUCAGUGCAAGUCUAAUAUUUAUGGAUCUAUACAUGGCGAAAUAAUGUUGGAAGGAAAGGAUUCUCCUUUAUGCAAAAUGGAUUCAGUACCGCCUAUGCAUAUUUUGUUAAUUGACACGAAUAUUAAUCAGGAAAAGAAAACUGUGCAAAUGGAAGAGAUGCAUCAUUUAUGUCCAUGUACAGAUUUCAUUGUGAUUAGUAUUGAAAGUAUGUUUCCACAACUAUUUACUAUAUUGCUUGCUAUUUGCGGGGUAUAUGUAAAUCAGCGUGAAAACAAUAUUGAGAGGAAUAUUCAAUUUGCAGAAUUAGAUGAUUACUAUGAAAACCUAUUGAGUUCCAUCAAUAGAAAUCAAAGUUUACUGAAGGCAUUAGGCUUGACAAAUCAAAACAUAAAUUUAAUUUCCGCAAUUGCACAAAAAUAUUUAUGUGGUUGUAAGAUGACAAGUACUAGUGGAUACGUAUUCAUUCUCCCAUUACCAACUAGCACAUCUCAACAUAUGGAAUUAAAACAGGAACUUGAAUCUUACCAUUUUUCCGUUAUUCAGACCUAUAUAAAUUGUAAAGGACUUGCAAUUGAUUAAUACGUUUAUUAUUUACAAUAUAUAGAAGAAUUGUGACAAUAGAAGAAUUAUAACGAAUAUGAAUAAUUAUUAUAGGACGCUUU